AUGUCUUACCAAGAGCAGCAGUGCAAGCAGCCCUGCCAGCCUCCUCCUCCCUGUCCUCCUCCACAGUGCCCAGAGCCCUGUCCUCCUCCAAAGUGCCCUGAGCCCUGUCCUCCUCCACAGUGCCCUGAGCCAUGCCCCUCUCAGCCAUGUCAGCAAAAAAGCCCUCAUGUGCAACCUCCUCCACCCUGCCAGCCGAAGUGCCCACAGAAGAACAUGUGA